UAAUAUAAUAAUUGCAUGUUAACAUAUGUAGCUUAUUUGUUCUUUUAUUUGCAGAUCUACAUGAAUGCUGUAUGGCAUGGCUGGGCCAUUCCUAUGUUCUUAUUUUUAGCAAUUUUGAGGUUGUCCCUAAAUUACCUCAUAGCCAGAGGGUGGAGGAUACAGUGGAGCAUUGUGCCCGAAGUUUCUGAGCCUAUUGAACCUCCCAAAGAAGACUUAACUGUAUCAGAAAAAUUUCAGCUUGUUCUGGAUGUGGCACAAAAAGCACAGAAUUUAUUUGGGAAAAUGUCAGAUAUACUGGAAAAAAUUAAAAAUUUGUUCAUGUGGGUCCAGCCUGAAGUAACGCAGAAACUAUAUAUUGCUUUAUGGGCAGUUUUUAUUGCAUCCUGCUGUAUUCCUUACAGGAUCGUUGGGCUUGCAAUAGGACUUUAUGCAGGAAUUAAGUUUUUUCUGAUUGAUUUUGUCUUCAAACGUUGUCCAAGACUACGAGCAAAGUAUGAUACUCCGUAUAUCAUAUGGUUGAACUUGCCUACGGAUCCUCAACUCAAAGAGAGGGCUAAUGCUACAGUAUCAAGACGGCCUCAAACAGCAGCAUCCCGAAGCUAUGUAGGUUCGAACGCCUCAACAGGAAUGAAUCGAGAUGAGGAAACCAGUCGCUUUCACGGCACGAAGAGAGGAAACUUCCAUGAAGUAUUUAACUUGUCAGAACAUGAGCGUCCCUUGGCAGUGUGUGAAAAUGGCUGGCGCUGCUGCUUGAUAAACAGAGAUAGGAAGAUAACCACUGAUUACAUUAGGAAUGGAGUUCUCUAUGUUACUGAAAACUACUUAUGCUUUGAAAGUUCCAAAUCUGGUUCAUCUAAAAGAAAUAAAGUUAUAAAACUUGCAGAUAUAACAGAUAUUCAAAAGUACAAAGUACUUUCCGUUCUCCCAGGAUCUGGGAUGGGUAUUGCAGUAUCCACACCCUCUACGCAAAAACCGCUCGUGUUUGGUGCCAUGGUACACAGAGAUGAAGCUUUUGAGACUAUUUUCAGCCAGUAUGUGAAGAUAACUUCUGCAGCAUCUGCCAGUGAAAGCUAGUAUAUCAUCCUUGCUGGCUUUUAUAGGAAACAUCGUGAAUUUUACUCACCCAGUAGUGAAUAAAAAGGUGGAACAUCCUU